AUGGCCGCCGAAAGCGAAAAGCAGAAUUUCUUCGAGCCCAUCGGAAACCAGGCGCAGGGCCUGGCAACUGGCACAGAUGGCGCUGCCACUGAGGAGGACGAUAUCAAGCCCGUGGACGAGAUUGAGUCGCUGUGCAUGAACUGCCACGAAAAUGGCAUGACAAGGCUCCUCCUUACCCAGAUCCCCUACUUCCGCGAGGUCGUCAUCAUGUCUUUCUCCUGCGACCACUGCAACUUUCAGAACAAUGAGAUCCAGCCGGCCGGAACCAUUCAGCCCAAGGGCACGCACUACGAGCUGCGAUUAACCACCCUCGCCGACUUCUCUCGUCAGGUCGUGAAAUCUGACACCGCGACUGUCAAGUUCAUCGAGAUCGACCUCGAAAUCCCUGCUGGCCGCGGCCAGCUGACAAAUGUAGAGGGCCUGCUAACAGGCGUCGUUGACGACUUGGAGAUGGGACAGGAGGCGCGCAAGGAGCAGGCUCCUGAAAUCUUUGACAAGGUUGCAGAUAUCAUCAAGAAGAGCAGGGCCAUGCUGGCGGGAGACUCAUUCCCCUUCCGCGUCUACGUCGACGACCCUGCCGGCAACUCCUUCAUUGCGCCCGACCUCAAGGACGGUGUUGGCAAAUGGGAGAAGCACGAAUAUGCCCGUACUCCUGAGCAGAACCAGGCUCUCGGUCUCACGGACAGCGACGCAAACGCCGACCCCACACUCAACAACCCAGGCCUCACCGAGGAUGGCGAGAUCAUCCCCAAUGAGGUUUACAGUUUCCCCGCCACAUGCCCCGGCUGCAUGCACUCUUGCACAACACACAUGAAGAUGGUCGACAUCCCCCACUUCAAGCAAGUCGUGCUCAUGUCGACUGUGUGCGACGCAUGCGGUUACCGCUCCAACGACGUCAAGACCGGCGGCGAGAUUCCCGAGUACGGCGAGAAGAUCAUCCUCGAGGUCGACGGCGAGGUCGAUCUCGCCCGUGAUAUCCUCAAGAGCGAGACCUGCGGCCUCGAGUGCCCCGAACUCGAGCUGCACGUCAACCCCGGCACCCUGGGCGGCCGCUUCACCACCGUUGAGGGUCUCCUCACGCAGGUCCGCAACGACCUCCACAGCCAAAUUUUUGAGGCCGGCGAGGGUGGCGACUCCCUUCGCUCCGACGAGAAGUCCCAAUGGGACAAGUUCUUCGCCAACUUGGAUAACGCCAUUGCCGGCACCAAGCCCUUUACCGUCAUCUUGACGGAUCCCUUUGCCAGCAGCUACGUCCAGUCGCUGGUUGACCCCCCGGCACCAGACCCCAAGAUCAAGAAGGAGAGAUACACGAGGACAGAGGAGGAAGAGGAGGAACUGGGUCUGGCGGAUAUGAAGGUCGAGGGAUAUGAGGAGCCUGAAAAGGAAGAGGCCAAGGCUGAGGCUGAGGCAAACUGA